AUUAUACAUUUUGCAGUCAUGGCGGUGGGCAAUGUAAACAUAACAUUAUAACUAGCAAGUUAUUUGGGUGGGGUUUUUAAAGAGAAUACGAAAUUAAAUUAGCUGACCGAUGCUCAGUGAAAAGAAACUUGCAAUGGAAGAUACCUGGAAAACAGGUGACUUGGAGAAGCACAUGAGGAGAGGAGUGUAUGAUGAAGACAAUAUGAGGAGAAAAGACAGAAGGAGAAGAGACGAGGAGGGGAAAAAGGACAGAAGCGGGGAUUCUGAACGACAGGACAGAGCUCACGAAAGGGAGGCACCCAGGGAGAGGGACAGACACAAAGAGAGAGAUUCCACUCGAGAAAGGACAAAGCCCAGAGACCCAGACAGGGACAAGGACCAAGACAGGCGGAGAGAGGAGAGGAGGGACGAGAGAGAAAGAGAGAGGAGAAGAGAGAGAGAGCACGUGGGAGAGAGGGACCGAGCAAGAGAAGGCAGCAGGCCCAGGGACAGAGAGCACGAGAGCAGGGAAAGACGUCACGAAAGAGUGGAAAAGGACAGCAGAGACAGGGAGAGAGAACGGAAGAGAGCAGAGUGGGACCAAGAGCGAGGGACAGAGAGGGAGAGAAAGAGGGAGCAGGGCAGAGAUGGAGACAGAGAGAGGGACCGGGAAAGAACCAGAGAAAGGGAGAGAGACAGAGAUAAAGACCGAGAUAGAGAGAAGGAUUAUGAGAAGAAAAGAGAGAAAGAAAGGCACAGGGACAGGGAGAGAGGCCACAGCUCCAAACAUGUGAAAGAAAUUAACGACUACAGGGAUGAACUGCAGGGAAAGUACCUUGAACAAAAGAGAGAAAACGAAAGAAGAGAAAGACAUGGAGAAAGAGAACAUUCCAGGCAGAAAGAGGACAAAGAGUACCAAGAACAACGACACAAAGAAAAAGAUGAGGGGGAGAGGAGACAUAGAGAAAGAGAAGAGCGCCAGUCCCGUGAGAGGCAGAGGCAUGAAGACAAACUGAGGGAUGAGGAGCGAGCGCGCAGACACGGGGAGCGCAGGGAGGAGGCCCACCGUCGCCUCUCCAGUGACACAGGCAACAGGCACGCCCGGUCACAUGACCGGCCGGAGAACAGGAGGCCCACGGAGGAAAGAGACAGAGAGAAUGGUCUGGCCAAAGUGACCCCUGAAGCACGUUUGCACUCUGGGAGUGAAAAGGGCGAUAGAGAGCCGAAAGAAACCAAGGUUGAAAAGGAGGAGGGUGAGGUUGAGAAAGCGGAGGGACAGGAGGAUGGUGAUGGGGCUGAAUACUAUGAGGAGGACUUUGAGGACUAUGAGGAUGAUUUUGAAGAGGCUGAUGAGAGCGAGGGGGAGGGGGAAGAUGAUGAUGGGGAGAAGACUGAAGAGGGAAAUAAGGAGGAGCUGUCCCCACAGAAAAGGCGGGAAAUUGAGGAAAUCCGGAGAGCCAUGAAUGCAGAAAAUGAAAGAGUGGGUUCUUCUCAGCCUCAUACGCGGGACGAGUCUCAAAUGUCAAAAAGUCGUUCUGAUGUUCCUCAAAGCAAAAGGACUCAACAUGGGAGGUUUAUAGACUUUGUAGCAGCCAAGCAUAGGGAAGUUGGCAAGAAGAUAGCCAGCAAGCAAAAGAAACGCAGCAUAGAGUUGCUCCGAUUGAUUGAUCUGGACUUUUCCGUCACGUUUCCUCUGCUGGACCUGCCUCCCGUGAAUGAAUAUGACAUGUAUAUUAAAAGCUUUGGGACAACAAACACUAAACAGGCGUAUGUGCAGUGUAAUGAAGACAACACGGACAGAGACAUUCAGACGGAGGAGAUUGAGGCUGAUGACAAGUGGACACAGCACCCGGGGGACAGCAGAACUGUCUGUGGAGGUCCAAAACUCACCAUUGAGGCCUCUGAUGAAUCCAUGGCCAAGAUGAAUAUAGAUUCCAAACGACUGGCAGAAUUUCUGCUCUCAGCCUCUCAGGUGGUAGCCGUCCUGUUGGAAGAGGACAGAGCUGAAAGGCAUUCCCUGAGGAAGCUGAAAUCCCAGGCACACAGUUUGACCUGCAGCGACGGGUGUCUGACGCUCAACACUAACCUGCCGUUUCUGCAUGGCCGGGAGGUGAGCCUGAUCGGCUUCUCCCACGUCCAGAGGCAGACGCUGCUCUCUGUCCACAGUCCUGCCUCCAGGCCCGGCGCCGUCCGCCUGGACAGCAAGACCGUCCUCUGCGUCUGGAACAUCUGGGAGCCCUCCAGUCCUCGCCAGGUCCUUGUCUACGAAUCGGAGGUGCUCUGCUGCUGCUUCAGCCCCGGUAAGGCCUCGCUGGUGUUGGCCGGCACUGCCGUGGGCUCCGUGGUGGUGUGGGACCUGCGGGAGCACUCCAGCCUACACCAGACCGUAACCAUAGGAGACCGCGACUGGACGCUCCGCUGCCCUACCUUCUCCACCGACGCCGUGUUGUCGCCGUUGGGUCACUCCACCUCUGUGAGGUCAGUGGAGCCCGUCCCUGUCGCCGUGGUGACUGAGGGCGUGAGGCCAGAGCUCUCUCUGCUCUCAUCACGCCAAGAGUCCUCAGGACUGUCUUUCCAGUUAGCAUCUCUGGAUGAAAGUGGAGUGAUGAAUAUGUGGGUCGUAGUAGAACUCCAGAAGGCUGACCAAGCGGGUUCCCAGACUGACUUGGGUCUCAAACCAGGGGGGAAAGUUAAGCUGCUUCACAGCUCUACACUUACCACCAAUGAGAGCAGGUCAUCCCAGAGAGACGCAGUGAAGACAGGCCCCCUUCACACUCUGCUGUUGAAGUUCUUCCCCUCCGAUUCCAACCAUUUCUUCAUUGGUACCGACAUGGGUGUAGUGACUCAUGGAACCAGGCACGGGGGUAAGAUUCCCCCAAAGUUCUACAGGCCAUUGGAGGACGGACUCCGACCCGUCUGCAUCACUGCCCUGGACGUCUCUCCAUUUGGAGAACCUCUUUUCUUGGUGGGCUGUGCUGACGGCAGUGUCAGACUGCACUCUGUGAGCAGCGAGCAGCCAGUGAUGGAGUGGAGCAGCAGUACAGGAGGGGAGCCGGUGGUCUCGGUCCAGUGGGCUCUCACUCGGCCCGCCGUCUUCUGCGUCCUAGACGCCGCGUCUAACCUGCACCUGUGGGACCUACUGGAGAAGGACUACGAGCCGCUGACCACCCAGAAGCUCCACUCCGGCAGGGUAACCACAAUGGCUGUAUUCGGUGACCCGGACAAGCCAAGCACGUUAUCAGGAGUGUGUCUGGCAAAGGAGUCCGGGGAAAUUGAAAUUCAGUACUUCAGUAAGAAGUGGGCAGUGCCUGCCCAUGCAGAGCUAGAUACAAUUCAUAACAUACUGAAUGAGGCUUUCUGAAAUACGCCACUUGCGCUUUUGGAUAUUUUUCAAAAUUGUAAUCUUAGUUUAGAAAAAAAGAAAAAAGAAAGUACUAGAUCACACACCUUGCACAAUCUAGUUUAAUAACUGGAAUAAAAAGUAGAAUUUUGACUGUC